AUGGCUCAAACGCUAGAGGACAAAUCAAUAUGGGAGGAUGGCGAGGAGUCGCUGGGCGAGGAAGUGCUGCGAAUGUCCACGGAUGAGAUUGUGAGCAGGACUCGAUUAAUGGACAAUGAAAUCAAAAUAAUGAAAAGCGAAGUAAUGCGCAUAACACACGAAAUACAAGCGCAAAACGAAAAGAUCAAAGACAAUACGGAAAAGAUUAAGGUUAACAAAACGUUGCCAUAUCUGGUGUCCAAUGUCAUCGAGCUGUUGGAUGUGGAUCCCCAGGAAGAGGAAGACGAUGGCUCUGUUACUGUGCUCGAUAAUCAGCGCAAAGGCAAAUGUGCGGUUAUCAAAACAUCAACACGUCAGGCGUAUUUCCUGCCAGUUAUCGGACUCGUCGAUGCCGAGAAACUGAAGCCUGGAGAUUUGGUGGGCGUCAACAAGGAUUCGUAUUUGAUCUUGGAAACUCUGCCGGCCGAGUAUGAUGCACGUGUGAAGGCCAUGGAAGUGGAUGAGCGUCCCACAGAGCAGUAUUCCGAUAUCGGUGGUCUGGACAAACAGAUCCAGGAACUCAUCGAAGCUGUUGUCCUGCCCAUGACGCACAAGGAGAAGUUCAAGAACCUCGGCAUUCAUCCACCAAAAGGUGUUCUACUUUAUGGUCCUCCUGGAACGGGAAAGACGCUGCUCGCUCGAGCUUGUGCCGCACAAACCAAGUCGACCUUUCUGAAGCUGGCGGGUCCACAGCUGGUGCAGAUGUUCAUUGGUGACGGCGCCAAGUUGGUGCGUGAUGCCUUUGCACUGGCCAAGGAGAAGGCGCCUGCAAUCAUAUUCAUUGAUGAACUGGACGCCAUCGGCACAAAGCGUUUCGAUUCGGAGAAGGCGGGAGAUCGUGAGGUGCAGCGUACGAUGUUGGAGCUGUUGAAUCAGCUGGAUGGCUUCAGUUCGACGGCUGAUAUUAAAGUAAUUGCAGCAACAAAUCGUGUGGAUAUUCUGGAUCCGGCAUUGUUGCGUUCCGGUCGUCUCGAUCGUAAGAUUGAGUUUCCACAUCCCAAUGAGGAGGCACGUGCCCGGAUUAUGCAGAUUCACUCACGUAAAAUGAAUGUCAGCAACGAUGUCAACUUUGAGGAGUUGUCCCGUUCCACGGACGACUUUAACGGUGCCCAAUGCAAGGCGGUCUGUGUGGAGGCUGGAAUGAUUGCUCUGCGUCGCUCAGCGUCGUCCGUGACGCACGAGGAUUUCAUGGAUGCCAUCAUGGAGGUGCAGUCCAAGAAGAAGGCAAAUCUUAACUACUAUGCUUAGACUAGAAUUUCGAUACACACAUAAAUUAACUUGUAAUCAAGCGUGGCAAAUGCUGCAACCAUAAUGAAAACAGAAUAAAACACACAUAUAUUAAACAAUUUAAAAAC